AGGACAAUGGAUUGCGCGAAGGGUGACCAUCUCUUCAAGAAAUAGGUGGAAUCUCGUCUUUGAAGGUGUGGCUACUGCAGGAGUGAAUGCAAAUUCUGCAAUUAUGAUAGAUGAUAUUGAGUUCACCGAUGGCGAAUGCCCACCGUACGAAUACUGCACAUUUGAAGAUGAAUGCCUGCCCUGGGUCGUUAAAGGAAACGGCGAAGGGGCCGCCUUUAAAGUGGAGCGAGCCGGACACUUCGACAAACUUCCUCGAGAUCACACGACGCAGACUGAUGACGGCUAUUAUCUUCUUUUCGAGUCUCCUGGCACCAAGGGAAACAAAACGUCCUUGACGUUGCUAGAGCCCCUGCUCUACGAAUGUUUGUCGUUCUGGUACUUCCUGCCCAAACUCCAAAGCAGUGUGGUGCUCUACGCUCAAGACGAACCAAUAUCGAAAGGAGAGGGAGUUUGGAAGCGUUACCGGUGGCAGGAAACCAUGCUGAUGCUUGAUCCAAUUUCUGCUGAAACUAUAACGGAUGGAGACGGCUUCGUAGCCAUCGACGAUGUGCUUAUCAGCGAGGAAUGUUCUCAAAACAUAAGGCCGACAGAAAGGUUCGAUUGCGGAAACCAGACUAUCACAAUAGAACGGGUGUGUGACUUCGUGAAGGACUGUGCCAACGGCGAAGACGAGCAAAACUGCGGCGCAUGUAACUUCAGUAAAGACCUGUGUGGCUGGACAGGCGACGGGGCCCUGAACCGCGGCACGACGGCAUGGCGCCGGCAGGCGAUAGGCGACGUCAAGGACUCCCCCACCACAGGAGCGUACGCCAGUAGGAAAGGAUACUACCUGCUUCUUUCUUCGAAUGCUACGAGGCCCAGUAGGAGAAUAGGGCGUGCAAUCAUCGAUUCUCCGGUCAUCAGAAACACCAACAAAUAUUGUACCCUCAUGUUUUGGUUCAACUACGUUGCGAAUGGAACGACUAUAGACGUCGACCUGUUCAUGAAAGCAGGCGGCUAUACCUUCCGCGUGUGGGCUCUCAGUGCGCUGAGCGAUAUUCCCGAAGAAAGAACCUGGAGUGAAGCCGAAGUGGAAAUUGGCCGCUAUCGGUCAGAAAUAAGCUUUUAUUUCAACGGUGUUCAAAAUAAGCCCGAUCAAUCACUGUUUGCUGUGGACGAGAUCGAGUACGAAUACUGUGCAUUACCAGCUAAAGAAGACAACUGUACCGAGAUGCAGUUCCGUUGCUCUAACGGAGCAUGCGUGAUGAAUUAUGAGCGAUGCAACUACGUGGACGACUGCGGGGACAACAGUGACGAGAUGGACUGUGGUGACCACCCACUCAGCUGCAGCUUCGAGAACUCCUUCUGCGAUUGGCUGCCUCAGGCACCUGCGGACAAAACGAAGAAAACAUGGAGGCUCUACCGGCCAUCGCCAUUCCUCGUGGAAUCACCGACGCGGGACCACACGACGGGAACACCGGAGGGGCGGUUCAUGAUGAUUCAAUCGUCUACAACCGUAAAUGCAACCGUCAUCGGUCCAACACUUGACAACUCGACGUUUUGCGCGAUAACGUUUUUCUACGCAAUGCAAGGGAAAAGCCAGCCGAAGCUAACGCUCGCCAUUCGCACAACGAGAGACGGACCAUGGAGGGCCUGGUGGACACAGACAAGGCCAAGCGAAUUCUUUCACUUUCACAGCGUCAGUGUGUCACUCCCGCAAACGGCGCCUUACCAGGUGGCCUUCAUAGGAGAACACACGGUACCUGACAAGUACGGUUACAUAGCCAUUGACGACGUCCACUUUUGGGAGAGCUGCAAGACGAAACUCGGAUUUCUGCCAGUGACUCCAGUACCAGCGAAGCCAGCAUUUACGUGCGGUGCAAAGGAAUUCCAGUGCACGGGCAUUAAAGAGUGUGUUGCACUGUCGAAGGUGUGCGAUUUCAAGGCGGACUGCUCUAAUGGAGCCGACGAGUCCCGCUGUGGGUCCUGUGACUUCGCAAGGAACUUGUGCGGCUUGGAAAAUGAAGACUCGAGCGCACGUUUUGGUUGGAACUGGACGUCAGUGGAAGACGGCAAGAAGAAACAAGGCUUCCCAAGCACGGACAGCCUAUCGAACAUGGAAGGAGCCUAUGCGGCGUUAUCACUGCUUAACCCAGAUGCCCCAGUAAACAGAAUGAUGAACGGUUUGACUACGCCAUCACUUGGACAAAUCGCGCAUUCGUGUGUGGUGACGUUCUACGCCUACAUUCCGAAUAUCCCUACGGCAAUGCUAAUAUUCGGGGUACGGCCUCGUCUGGUAUCCCCUUUCAAGCAAAGCACCUUGCAGUUUCUGGGCACAGUCAGCGGAACGAAACUGAAAGGGCAAUGGAGAAAGAUCGUUGUGAAAGUCGGUAAUUGGGAUGCCGGAGCCAGGUUCGUGUACCUGGCUAACACCCUUGGCGUGAGCAUCGACCGUAUUGAGUAUAAUAUGUGCCAUCCAGACAGCCAGAGUGAAGGAUCGGAAGCAGCCGAAAAAGGACCUUAUAUGUAUGCUCGAAACCAGCGUGUCGUCGUCAGUAAAGCCCGCCUGGUUUCAAUCAAGAUGAGCCCUACUCCCGACACAGGCCGUUGUUUCACAUUUUGGUACAACAUGUGGCAUCCAAACGUUGGUAACCUCAACCUCAUGAAGCGCGUGGAUAACGAAACAAACAGCCUGUUAUGGACACGCUCAUCUCCUCAAGGCAAAGAAUGGAAGCAAGGCCAGGUGCAACUGCAUUCCGAUAAUCCUCAUCAGCUGAUCUUUGAAGCCGUGCUUCUCUCCAGCCGUGGAGGCGUCAUCGCCAUUGACAACCUCGUCCUCAAUGACUCCAGGUGCACUAGCGACAACUCUGGAAGUUGCAACUUCGAGUCUGAUGCUUGCGGGUGGCAACUGCACAACUGGGAACGCACAAGCGCGAGCAGGAGCUUGAAGCCUACCGCUGAUCACACCACCGAGUCACCCACAGGCCGCUUCGUCCUGGCACAGGCUCCUGGCGGCCGCAUGGUUAGCCCUGAAAGUUGGUACGAUGCCAGUCAGCCGAAGUGCCUGCGCUUCUGGUUCUUCCUCACCGGUACAAAUUCAGAAAUGCUCAAGGUCACCCGCGUGACCAACAAAGGUCUGGAGGUCAUGCUUUGGGUCGACAUCCCAUAUCAAGACAACAACAAACAGUGGCGUCAAGCAUCCGUUAACCUACCCGCUUUCAAUGAAACACCUACGAUCGUGUUCGAUGCAACAACAUCUGAUGCCGCGGGAGCAAUCGUAGCAGUGGACGACAUCAGCCUCGGCAAUGCGCCUUGUCCUUUCCCCGGAAGCUGCUCCUUCGAAGAGGACAUGUGCGGAUGGACCAGCAAAAAGAAUAUGAACAGCGCGCAUUGGUAUCGCCACCGGGGUUUUACAGUUUUCAAUACAACAGGUGUGCAGAAAGACCACACGUUGGGCACAACCAAAGGAUACUACCUUCUCCUCGACGCAGCUGACUUGGCCGGUUCUACCUCGGCAGUCUACAGAGUCAAAUGUUGCCCCUGGGCCCUUCAGUAUGCUUCAGCCUUACUAUUCAAUGAGAAAAGACUCUGGAGCAUCCUUUACUGUUGCAUUCGCCGACAAGACUGGGGCGAUUUCUGGCCUUUCACAAACAGUCCAAGCUACUUCAUCAAGCGAAUGGACGCGUCUUUCCUAUUGAACGCUCCGAUCUUCCUGUCCGCAUUUUCGGUACUCAUCACCGGUUGGACUGCACGUGGACGCAGUGACGUCAUCAUCGAUGACAUCGACGUACGUCGUGGAAAAUGCCCGGAGGCAGCACGUACCACAAUAAUACCUGGACCAGAAACGAAAACUUCAGUUCGUCCCACAACACCAGCAGUCCCGCAGCCCGCGCCCACACAGGAAACCACGUCAACAGAGGCACCUACAGUGCCCACGGAAGUUGUUACUCCGGAACAAGUGCCAAGUGAAACUCCGGUACCAGUGGCAAGCGAAACCCCAGAACCUCCUGAGCCUGGACCAGCCGUGCUGUGUCGACGUGGCGAGUUCAGCUGCAGAGACGGCAGCACUUGCAUUCCAUCUGCACUGCUCUGUGAUGGUGUUAAGGACUGUCCGAAUGGAUUGGACGAGAAGUGCGGAAGGGCCAAGCAAUGCAAUGAAAACGAAUUCCUCUGUGCUUCUGGCUCUCCUAGCGCGUGCAUGCCGCGGUCUCUCCUCUGCGAUGGACACGAGGACUGCGCUGGCGGAUCCGAUGAAUCUUUAUGUCGGGCAUGCCCACAUUAUUUCUGCUUGAACGGGGGCAUAUGUGGAUGGACCCCAAAAGCACCAAGUCCCACCUGUGAUUGCCGCGAUGGUUACGAAGGCCGCCGCUGUAAUUUAUUGACCAGCACCGUACCGGAGGCGGGAAAUCUUACCUCAAAAGAAUCUGGAUCUGCUGCCGGAAUUGUGACAGGCAUAGUUGUUGUUUUGGCCAUCGUGCUCACAGCCGCUGUAGCCGUUUUCGUUGUGAUCCGCAAACGACGCAACACACAGACUCCACCGGCCUUCGUCGACAAUCCUUCAUACGAUGCAUCAACGGAUGAUACAGACAUUUGCACCUUUGACGAAGGCCUCUGUCCACAAUGGGUGUCAUCGAACUGCAGCGAACGCGCCUGUUUCCAGGCUCUCAAGGUGUCGUCUAUGCAACUAGGACCAAGUUACGACCAUACAAAAGAAAGUGCGGAUGGCUGGAGUGCUUUCGCCGUACAAACACCAAAUGUCUGGCAUGGGGACGCCAAGUUGACCCGAAGAGUAAAGGGACCUUUUUGCUUCACUGGAUGGUACCACCAGUCGGGCACGCAAGUUACGACGGCCGUGUUCAUCUCGGAUAUGCUCGGCCCAUUCACACGCAAAUUCUUUCACGACUCGCUGCCGGAGAAGUAUGGGCGCUGGCAACGAGUACGCUACUCAGAGAACCGCACCGGAGAUUUCGAGGUUGGUGGAACUGUGUACUUGUUGCACUGGACGUUAUUAAGUGCCAAACAAGUAGCUAUGUAG